CAGACUUAAACUGUUGGCCUAGUUAGAUAUUACAAAAUAAUGCUUCAUUUUUAAGUUUAAAGUUUGUUUGUGAUAUGGUAGCUAAAAAUCUACCAAGAACUUAAAAGACUGAGACCAUUUUUAAUAAAUGUAUCUGAAUUAUUCUGCAUACUGGUACUAAAAGAAUGUCAGAACUGAGGCAAGAGCAGGUGAAAUUGUACCAGACAUUCAUUGACUGUGCACAGAGCAACAGUUACAAUCCCAUAUUUCUUGAUGAGGUAGAUAAGCACCUCCUGAAAGAAGCCCUUACAUUAAGUAAGUCUUGUUCAGAUUACUUUAGUUCAGUGUUUUUUUUUUAUUAUUAACAUCAACAAAAGGGAUUUUUUUUUUCCAAAUCAUUUUUUAAUGAUAUAGAUUAAGGAUAUCAUUCAUCCCAGAAACAUGACUCCUAUCCUCAAGUCUUUCAUCAUAGAAUAUCUCACUGAUUUCAUAUAGCCUAUCAGAAUUUUCACUUUAAGUACAAAAAUAUUAAAAUAGGAAUAACGGUGAUCCAAUUACUUUCAACUAUCAAUAUUGAAUGUCAUCUUUUUGUGAUGGCUCUUAUACACCACAACAAAUAAUAAUGAACAAUGAGUGAUAUUAAUAUGACUAACAGAAUCAAUCAAAAGCAACAAAAAGGGCAUCAGAUGUCAACUGACACAGAAAGUGUUAUCAGAUUACUGCUGGUUGUCUGAUCAUUGCUAUGAUGAUUUAUUAUCCCAUAUACAUGCCACAUUCUAAGGCACAUCACUGAAAGAUUCAGCUCUUUGUUAUGCCAUUAAAAAAUAAACUCUUCACCUCUUCUUACUUGUUCACACUCACGAUCUAAUGCCUUUUAAAUCUGGAGUAUAAACCUAGCUCAAUUCUAUUUUCUAACAUAAACUAUCCCCAUUUUUUCAGCUCAAGUCACUCUCAUCAAAUGGGUUAAUAAGUCAUAUGUUCUCAAAUUACAGAAGAGUGAUGUUGAGUAUACUUUUACCAAAGGUUUGGCCCAUCAUAUGCUGAUUAUAUUUUCUACUUAAAUACAUAGAUUUAAAAAAUUAUUAUCUAUGUCAUUAUCUCAAAAAUAAAUGUAACUGAUUUUUUUAGCUUCAAACACAUUUUACAGACAACAAAACCAUUUUUCUCUAGAAAGGUAAAAGGGGGAAAUUGUAAAAUUAGUGUUCCAGAUUCUUUGGGCUAAAAUGUUCAAGCCCUUUAGAAAAUUGAGGCAAGAUUUAAAAUUCUGUACAGAUAGAUACAAUGUCUGUAUUACUUGAUUCAGUUAUUCAUGAUUACUUUGACUUGUUCAUGUCUAACCUUAUCCGAUAUUCUUUGCUAGUUACAAGCUUAGGAUUAAGACACUCAAUUUCAAACAUUUAAAUUGUUUUUAUCAUAUUUCUGAUGUCUAGCAGGUGUCCUUAUCUACCUAAUCAAAAUUGCAUGAGUAUGGUAUGUUCCUAUGUUGGUUUGUCAGUUCAUCAGUAUGUCUGUACAUUACUAUGUCAAUAUUUUCUGUGUGCUAUGUUAAUAUGGUGGUAGGAAUGCCCAUAUCUGCCAGUAAAAUUAUUUGCUUAUUUAGACACUUUUAUUUUUUUAUAAUUACAUAGUUGUCUGUUAAAACAUUCAAACUGGGUUGUCAUCUACUUCAUUUGAUGUUAUUAUUCUCCUCUUGAUACUACUAUUUGUCUCUGUCCACCAGCUGUCACCCCCACUUGCUCCUGUGGCAGAUUUUUUGAGCAGCACCCUACCAUUGUUGAAGACACGGAGGAGGAAUGUCUCGAUCCAUUUCUUCAAACCUUGGCCCAAGGAUUUUGUAAAUGUUUUAAAACCCUACCUACGAAUGAUACCAGCUACGUGAGGGUUGCAUCUAAAACAUGGCUUCAUGUGGCUUCUGUCUUGGGCUGUCUGGAAAUGGUAAAAGUUCUUGUCGACACUGCCCAGCUGGAGAUCAAUGCUGUCACAUCAUUGUAUCAUUUCAGUUGUCUUUCUCUUGCUGUCAUGCAAACUAAAGGUGAGUUCAAGUUGUUUCGUGGAAGCAUUUGUCUUCAUGACCAGGAUUGGUCUAUCCAGAAUUUCGUCACCACUGUUAGGCAUUGCCAUCAUUCAGUAAUAAAUAGUGACACACAUUUUUGGUAUCAGAGAUAUAAAUAGAUAGAAAUUUGAACUGAGCUAUGGUUUAUUUUUAGAUGCAUUAGUUAAGUUUCGUGCCAGUUGGUGUAUUGAUGAAAACGUUUAAAAAGAGUUUUAAUGAUGUGAUGUGAGUUUAGUUGGAGGUCUAUUAUCUAUAACAUUAGGAGGGGGAAGACAAUCUGGGUUUAGUUCAUUGAUAAUAUGUUGGUAUGACAGCUCAUAUGUGCAAAAUCUGGUGGGAUAAAAUGCUCUCACAUCCUUCCUCUAUCACUGAGUUACUUUGCUUGUUCGAUUGGAGAUACUGUCUUCAGAUGACUUAUAACUUCAAUAUCACUUGCACUCUUGUAUUACAUAUUUACAUAGUGGUCUAAUUACAUAAUAUGAAGUUUGUUCUUAAUGUUUUUUUUAACUGAAAAGCCUACAAUAAUAAUCAUCAUUGGCAUUACAGACUAUGGAGGGCUCUGGUCUCAUCUCUCCACUUGGACCAAUCCAUAGCCAGAAUUCUAAUCUAAAUGAUCCAGCUAUAAUCAGCUACCCUAUUCAGGCUUAGUAUGUGUUGAGCAUCAAUAAUUCUUCAUGGACCACAAAAAAAUUAUGUGAGCUGAUAAUGAUCGGCAGAUGUGAGUUUUGAAAAAAAAUCACUGUGUUAUGUAACUAUUUUUGACCAUUCCAUUGCAUAGGUCAUUUGGUCAGCUGGUUGUGUGCUCAUCCACUGAUUGAUAUGAAUAUUAAAGCUAAAAGUGAACUGCACACCCCGCUCAUAGACGCAAUGUUAGCAGAAAAGUUUCACAUAGUUGAUAUUCUCAGCCAGACACCUGGUAUAGACUUAAAUACUGUGAGUCUUUUAUUAGAUCUUAUCAAACAAUAAUUCAAUAAUACUAACCAAAGUUUGUUUUAUUGUGUUGCAGUUCUUUCAUACCUUUCUAACCGUAAGAGUUAUUAUAUUAAAAUUAUCAUUGUUAAAAAUUUAUAUCAUGCCUCAAUAGUAACAUGCUAGCAUUCCACAAUAUAGACACACAUUAGCACUGGCACAAUAGCUACAUGCUAGCAUGCCACAAUAACUUUGUGCUAGCAUGCCAUAAAAUCUAUGUGCCAGCAUGCCACAGAAUCUAUGUGCUAGCAUGCUACAAUAGCUAUGUGCUAGCAUGCUACAAUAGCUAUGUGCUAGCAUGCUACAAUAGCUAUGUGCUAGCAUGCCACAACAGCUAUGUGCUAGCAUUCCACAAUAGCUAUGUGCUGGAAUUCCACAAAAGCUAUGUGCUGGCAUGCCACAAUAGCUACGUGCUAACAUCCCAUAAUAGGUAUGUGCUACUCAAAGUUACCCAGUGACUUAACUAGAUGGCUCAAACCACACAUAACAAAUUUAACAUUACAAAAUAGGAGACAUAUUUUUUAUGGAUUAUGAUUGUGUAUAAUGCAAUUAGCCCUAUAUUAUUAAGAUAGGUAGAAAAAGAUUUUCAGAGAAAUUAAUUCCAUCUCUUUUCAAAGGUUUUUGAAAAUCCAAUUAGUUUUAUGGGAAAUUUUGAAAUUUUACUAUUUUUUUCUUACAGACCAACUUUCGUAAGGAAACUCCUUUAAUUAUUGCUGUAAGAAUGAACAAUGCACGUUUGGUAAGGAUGCUGUUAGGGGCGGGAGCAGAUUACUCUAUUCCUACACUAGAUGGAGUUGAGCCCUUGCUUUUAGCUGUUCAGUCCAGUCAUCAGGUGGUGCAGGAGUUUAUCACUGCCAAUGUUCCUCUCAAUAAACUCAACUCUGAUGGAGAAUCUGCUCUGACUUUAGCUCUCAGAAAUGGUUAGUAGAGGUUACUGCUGUCAGGACUUUAGUCUUACAAUAGUUGUUACUGAAAAAUUGAGUUUCGUUGCUCAUUGUUGUUUUUAAAUUAUUUUUUUGUUUGUUGGGGAUUGGGGAUUUGGCAAGUUAGUGCUUUUAAACCUUUUGAAUGUUUAAUUAUCCUUUGGCUAGUGACAGAAUACAAGAUUGAACUGUUUGACUCGCCAUGCACUAAGUCAAAUUUUAUUAUUUUUCCCAAUAUCAUGUACUCUGAAUAUUUCCUGACAAAAUUUAUGCAAUGAUUUUUAAUGCAAAUAAAUAACUUUUUUUUAAAUUUGCUCGGACAAGACUUUUAUAAAACUCAAAUUUAUUCCAGUUUGAUUGAUUUAAAAAUCAAGCACUUUUCGUAAGUUCUCUCUUGUGCUAGAGUCUCUCAUCUUGUGCUAGAGUCUCUCAUUAGUUAUUGCAUUUAUUUAUUUAUUUAUUGAGGCAUUUUUAUAUAGCGCUUACCUUAAAGCUUUAAGCGCUUUACAAUUAUUAAAAACAUGUAAACGAAGUAAAAUAAAAAUGAGACACUAGGAUAGUAACUACUAUACUAUAGAAACAAUUAAAAUAGCUAUAAAACGAGGACACUUUGGCACGUUUUGGCCUAUACUACAGGAUCAACCCGAGACAGAAAAUGAGGCAGGGCAAGGAGGGUGCAUCACAGGUCAUAGGCGGACCUAAACAAACCAUAUUUAGUACUAUUACUAUGAAUAUUUGUACAACAUUUCUAUAUGACAGACUGAAAUGAGAUCUUCAUUUAUUAGUCUUAUUUCAUUACAAAUGUAAUCAUUCAAGGGAGAUCACCCUGACGCAUGGCACAUGAUCAAACAAAAUGUUGGUUAUCAAAUAAUUCUUGUAGGGAUUGUGCUGGAAGGCCCUCAUUGGUUGAUAUCAAUGAAUUCUUGUAGGGAUUGUGCUGGAAGGCCCUCAUUGGUUGAUAUCAAUGAAUUCUUGUAGGGCUUGUGCUGUUUGGCCCUGAGUUAUUCUAAGUUUAUUUUCUUCUAUUUCCUUAGGAUCAUUGGACAUAAUGCAUGUACUUCUAACAGGGGGAGCUGACCCAAGAGCUAAUCCAGCGAAACCAGCCCUCGUGCUAGCUGCUAGUUUGGGACAUGUCAAAAUUCUCAUCUAUCUGUUGGACACUGGUGAAGAUCCUAACCAGGCUGAUGGUAAUGGUUGGACCGCAUUACACCACGCCUGCAUGUGGGGCUACACACUCAUGGUACAGAUCUUGUUAGGCCAUGGUGCCAGUAUCAACACAUUGACCUCCUAUAACUCCACCCCCUUAGCACUGGCUGUAUUCCAAAGGUGAGUCUAGCGACCCUACCUGAUCAACUUGAUAUUGCAUUGCCGUUUGUUAUAUUUUUCAAAUUUCAGUCAAAUUAUCUAGUUUUAACAAUUUAAAAAAAAAAAAUUUUCAGACACCAAGCCAUUGCUGAACUGCUUGUCCACUAUAAAUGUGACCCCAAUAUCUGUGACAAUGACCUUGACACGCCGCUCCACUUUGCUGCAUAUCAUGGCAACCGUGACCUUGUGAGGCUUUUGAUAGACAGCAAGGCGCAGGCGUGCUACUUUAACAGAAUUGGUGCCACACCCUUGUUCAAUGCUGUGGUGUCUGGCAAUAUGGCAGUCAUUCAGCUUUUGCUGCCCCAUUACACAGACACGGAGCUGCACGCCAGCAGUCAAGGUUUUAGCUACCAACAGUUUGAUUGGAAGUCGGAACUCUUUUACCCGGCUCCCAGAUCUCUGCUUUGGAUAGCAGCAUCCAGAGGCAAUGUUGAGAUCGUCAACAUGUUGCUCUAUGCCGGCUACAACACGUCUGCAGAGUCCUGGAUACAUGACCGAGAUUUCCCUCAAACCCUCACUGACGCAGAUGGGAUGGAGCCUGUCAAGGACAUGUUACUGUUCCAUGCUUCUGUGCCUAGAUCGUUGUUGUCUUUAUCAAGGUGUGUUGUCCGCCGAGCGCUUGGUCCUGGGAAACAACGACAGGUCAACCAGUUGAAUUCUAUUCCCAGGAAGAUCAAGAAUUACAUCUCCCUUAGAGACUUCUAGACCAGUGGUCCCCGAAACUACUACUAUGAAAGAGCUGCAAUCAAAUGUCUAGUUCAGAAGUGAGCUCUAGCCCUAACCUGCUAAGAUGAAUGGGCCAGUCAAGUGCCAAGUAUAGUGCUGUAAUUGAAACUGUCAUAUUAAAUUGUUUACAUUAAAAACCCAGCCAUUCAACCUCAUUCCCCAACCCGAACCACAAAAUAAUUUAUCUUACAUCAAUCUGCCAUGAAAUGUGUCCUCAACUUAGCUUAAAAGACAUCUGAGUCUGUGAGAAAAACAGCAGGGAACUGUGAGCAAGACAUCAGGGGUCUAUGAGAGAGACAUCAGGGGUCUGUGAGCAAGACAUCAGGGGUCUGUGAGAAAGACAUCAGGGGUCUGUGUGAAAGACAUUAGGGGUCUAUAAGAAAGACAUGAGCGGUCUGUGAGCAAGACCUGAGGGGUCUGUGAGCAAUACAUCAGGGGUCUGUGAGCAAGACAUGAGAGGUCUGUGAGCAAGACAUGAGAGGUCUGUGAGCAAGACAUGAGAGGUCUGUGAGCAAUAAAUCAGGGGUCUGUGAGAAAGACAUCAGGGGUCUGUGAGCAAGACAUCAGGGGUCUGUGAGAAAGACAUCAGGGGUCUGUGAGAAAGACAUCAGGGGUCUGUGAGAAAGACAUCAGGGUACGGUGAGAAAGACAUCAGGGGUCUGUGAGCAAUACAUCAGGGGUCUGUGAGAAAGAUAUAGUGGGUCUCCUCAACAUAGUUGGAUUCAAUGGACUCACAAUGGUAGCUAACCAAAGCAAAAAGAUUUACUAAAAACGGAUCUAAGCUGUUGCACUAUUUUAGCCCCCAGUAUGAUUCAAAAUAUGAAAAUGUUCAACUAUUAAAAAGCUGAUCAAUACUUUUAGAUUAGAAUUUUUAGUGAGACAAACAAGUAUGUGUCAUUUGUUGGCCAAGUCAAUUCAAGUAGCCUUUACCCUUAUUGUAACAUAUAUUGUGUUUCGUUGUGCUGUUAUAUUAAUUACUGUCACACAAUGAAAUAACUAUUUCACUAUUUAAGCCUUACAUUUGUAAUAAAGUAGAAACUUUAAAUCAGCGGUUCGCAACCUGUGGGUCACGACCCCUUUGGAGGUCACGGGGACCCUUUUCCAGGGGUCGCCUAAGACCAUCUGAAAGACAAGAGAAACAGUAUUAAGGGGUCGCGGCACUAGAAAGGUUGAGAACCACUGCUUUAAAUUAAUUUUUUUUAAAUGAUUUUCACAAACGACUAAAACUUUAAACUAUUUACACCAUCUGUCAAGGUGUUAGAAUCCUUGAGAGUCUGUUGUGUGCGGAUGCUCCUUCGUUAUGAAUGAGAACCGAGAGUUGGUGUUCCUGAAUGUGGACUGGACUAUGAGCGUAGGGAUACAAUAAAUGAAGGGGUAUACUUAAAGAUUAGUAGUGCAGGGGAGAGUGAGGGAGUAGGAACGCUGAAUGGGGUAUUGUU